CGCAAUGGCUGAGCCCAAGACACCCGAGGUCGAUGACCUGAAGCGGGAGAUGAAGAAGGCGUCGAAGAAGUCGUCUAAGAAAGCGGCAUCGCCAGCGCCUGGUGAAAGUGGGCCAUCCUUGGCGUCGUCUCCAGCUCCGAAUGCCGCUGCCCCGAAGACGUCACCGCCAUCGUCUGCAGCGACUCCGCAGAAACCACCUUCUAGCGUGCCAAAAACGCCACCACAAGCGCAGUCGAGCAUAAAUGACGUGCCAAAGAUGAACUUCAACGCAGCCAACUUGGGCACGGCUGCCGAGCCGAAACCAACGGAAGGAGCAAGCGAUGACAAACUCAAGAAGAAAUCUACCAAGAAGAAAGCUCCAGAUGCAACGAGUGCGGAAGCAGCAUCCCCACUGAGUGCCGCGACUGCACCGACAAUCGGGCCAAAAGUAACAGCUGGAAGUGGUGCGCCGACUGCCGCGUCGUUGCAGUCGUCUACCGCAGGACCAGCGAGCGCUAAAACGGAUGACGAGGAAGAGCGCGCUCGAGCGGCCGCUCGUCGAGAGGCCAAACGACAAAAGCAAAAGGAAGCCGAAGAGGCCAAGAAGCGUAAAGAAGAGAUGGAGCGGCAGGCACUCGAGAUGGCUCGGCGCGAAGAAGAGGCCAAGCAGCGAGAGCUGCGCAAGACGGAAGCCUUGGCUGCUUUGAAUGCAAACGCUGAGGAGUGCCAAGAAGAGGACGAUUACGACGAGGAUUUUGAGAACUAUGACGACGGCGACUUCGAAGACCCCGGCGAACCCGCUCAAGCCAAGAAAUCUACCAAACCUUCGUCGAACCAACAGUCGCUCGCUGAACCUCCGGAAGAUCUUGCGACCGUUCAGAAAAUUCGUGAAGCGCUUCAAGCCGAAAGCAAACCAACGACGUCGUCGAGCAGUGGCAGUAAGAAGGCCACGUCGGCAUCGAAGCCAACCCCCGUCGCCGGUCCGAAGGACGCCAAGGAGGCCAAAGGGGCGAAGAAGGUGACGAGCGGAGUGUCGGCGUCAAUUGCUGGGCUCAAGCAAGCCAUUGACCCCCGUGCGAAACGUAUCAAGGAAAUUUUGGAAAAAAAAAAGAUGGAGACGGAACGGUUCGACAUGUUUCAGCAAAUGCCGCUCACCGACUUGGACAAGUACAUGAGCCAGCUCCGCGUGUGCGCGAUCCGCCAGGUCUUUGUCCAGACGAAUGGCGACGCGCGCAGUAUUCAGACCCAGACGAAACCCCGCGAAUCAACCGACCAUUCGAUGCUCUUUCCCGACGACAUGGGCGUCGAUGGUGCGACCGAUGUGGCAGGCAGGAGUUCCCGCCGGUUCAUUUCGUUCUUGGCGCGCGCGUCGCAUGCAUGUGAGGUCCUCCUCGAGGAGAACGUCAUGCACGCAGACGUAGCCAAGGCGGACAACCAGAGGCAGGACGACAGCUCGAUGUCCAAUACGGCGUCGUUAGAUGGGUUCCGUGCCGAAGAAUACUCGAUCGACGACUCCCAUCCGUUGGUGCAACAUCGAAUCGUACAAGGCUUGGCGUUUUCACCGCAAGUGUCGCAUUGGCUCGUGGGAGGCUACGGGCCGCAGGAUGACGGCGACAACAAUGCAGUCUUUGCGGACAAGUCGAUCUUGUGCGUGUGGGACGUCAACCAAAUGCACGCCCCCGUGCGGUGGCUGCGGUCCGAAGGAGUCGUAACCUGCGUUGGAUUUGGGCCUGGCAGGGAUAUGUUUGUCCUAAGUGGGUCAGAGGAAGGGGCGGUCCAAGUCUGGGACCUUCGCCUUCCCCCAUCGCCCUACUUUGAAGCCACCGCUAUCAAGCUCAAAGUCGAACCCCCGACUUACUCGACAGCAGGCAUGAAGCACGACCACAACCAUCGAUCUCCCAUCGCAGCCGUGCACGCGAUCCCGUCGUCAAAGAAAGGGGCAACCUUUCAAUUUGGGUCACUGGAUAAUCGUGGGUUGCUCGUCAUAUGGAGCGUCAUUGAGUGCCGAUCGGACAGCGAGGCACUCUCCAUCGAUAGCUGCGUCGAGAUUGGAGGUCGCGUCAAGCUCGUCAAGACUGCCGUCAUCGAGACAACGCCGACGGCGCUGUUUGUUGGCCCGUCGGCCAACGACUUUGCGUUUUUCCCUGCCGAUCCAAACCAAUUUGUGGUCGGGACGGCAGCCGGCACGAUCGCUCAUGGCAGUCGCUUUGAUACCAAGCUCGGGGUCAAAGCAUACCUUCGUGGCGGUGGGAUUGCCGCGUCCGCAGUGACGUCCCUGGCAUUCCAUCCCACCUUGCCGUCGUACUUUCUCGCGGGUUACGCUGACGGCAGCAUCAGUUUGUUUCACGUGGAUUUGGCCCGCGACAUCGCAACGUGGUUGGAUGGCACGGUCGGCGUGUCGCGGGUGCUUUGGUCGCCAUCUCGACCCGGCGUGUUUUACGUCCAAUUCGCCAACGGCACGCUGACGGUGUGGGACGUCCUGACCUCUCGCAUGAUGCCCGUGGUGUCCGAGCCAAGUCGUGCGAAGAAACGAAUCGGCAAAGCGCUCUUUGCUCUCUCAGCGGACAUUUCCCGCACGUGUCGACCGUCCAUUGCGAUCGCUGGCGCAUCGCCCAAGCCCCUCGCGAUUCAUUCAAUAUGCGGGCCGCUGACAACCAAGGCAAAGGACGAAUCCGCCGCCGUCGAGUCUUUGCUGGCAGGAGUGGUCUAGUGUGCUGCUUAGCCCUGUGAAAGUAAUUGUGCACUACUUUGCAUUGUGCAAAUCAAGUCAAAGCGGGAUCGCCAUCCACGGCGAACUCGGGACACACGAGGCAUGUUAAAAUGCUUGAUCCAGCGAUUCGGCAACGUGGCAGGAGGCGUACGUGAUGAAGCGUCUCUUUACUAGAGGACUGAGCGACCGUGAACUCGUGCGUUGCUACAGAGCGUUCCAUGGACAAGUUGUUGGGCCGAUCGCAAUGGAAUGGCAACCACCAGAUCAUCGGGCCACUUUCUCAAGCUCAUCGCGGGAGAAACGACCAUUCAUGGACAUGUCCCGUGCCGUCCACUCCAACGAUGGACGUCGAGUCCACGGCGCAACAUCGAAGGGGCGACGGCAGUGACAACGAGUACAUCGGGGCGAUUGUUUCGUGGCUGGCGAUGGUCCUCGACACGCAAAACACCUCCACAGCGUGAUGGGGGUCCAAUGUCGUCAUUCCAAACGCUGCAACGCUGGGAGAAUUCGAGACGCCUUGGAACAGCGGAAAACAACCCACCGGAACGGAUCGAUUCAGUCGAGCGUAUCUCGCGACGACGACGGAUUUGUCGUUCAACAACGCGAUGCCACCGUGGCGGUCGGCCACCACAACCGUCUAGCACGUGUUUCAGGACCACCACGAUGAAGUCAGACGGGUGCGAACCGUGUCGUUGGCCCAUGUAGAAGCUUGGUGAUGCAGUAGCUCGUCGAGCCGGUGGAAUGGAGUGGUGGGGUUUCUCAAGUCCCACGUAGAGCACGCACCGUCCUACCCAUGGACGGCCGCUGUCAUUGCUGUACAUCGUCUUCGAAUACCUCAUAAAACGCAACGAAUUUG